AUUCAUAAGCAAAAUCAAAAAGCAGGGGAAUCCAUUUCAGUGUACAUAGCUGAAUUGAAGAGAUUGUCUGAGCAUUGUCAGUUUGGUAAUGGGCUUAAUGAGUCACAGAGAGAUUGCUUAGUUUGUGGAAUCUUAGAAGAAAGCAUUAAAAAAGGCUCCUAACUGGAGUACAACUCAGAUUUAAAAGAACAGUUGAAAUUACAGUCAGGGAUGAAAGUGAGCAUGAACAAAAUUGCAGUGUCCAGACAGAAGCCAGUCUGAACAAUUUGUGUUAUUGCUGUGGCAGGGGCUCAAUGCAGGUUUAAGGUUGAAACUUGCAGAAAAUGCAGCAAUGUAAGACAUGUAGAGCAUGUCCAGGUAACACAAAUAAAUGAACUGCACAGGGAAGAGAAAGCUUAAAAAGUCAACUUACGGUCUCAAAAAGAGCACUAAUCUGCAUUCUGUUGAUGGAAAAUCUGGUAAUGAUGAGAGUGACACAGGACUGAGUAGCCUUGAGACUUACAAUGUGAAAACUAAUAAUAGACAAGUAAUAUGGCUUGUACCAGAAGUGGAUGACACUAAUUAAAAUUAAAUUGGAUACUGACUCAGCUGUUUCAAUCAUUCCACAAAAUGAGUUUGAGUGGUAUUUCAGAGAUACUAAUCUGAGGCUUGCCGAUAUCAAAUGAAGAACUUGUACUGGAGAGAAGAACUCCUGCGGGAAUGACAUUUGUAACAGUGAAAUGCAACAAUCAAUAAGUCACAUUGGGCUUGUAUGCAGUAAGAACAGCAGAAACGGCAUUGUGGGAAUGUGAUUGACUGAGAUAACUACAAUAUGAUUGGCGACCCAUCAUUUGCAUGCAACAUCCCCUGCAAUGAAGACAGCUGAAAACAAAUUAGAAAGUUACUGGAUGAUGCCAAAACUGUCUCCAUACUGUACACCAUGAACCAUAGCCUAACGGAAGGCAAACAGGUGUUGGUGCCAAUCUCUGCCUCUGGUUGGAAAGCAUAAAUGGUCCAAGGAAGGAGUCUGCUGCUCAGAGGAACCGUGAAAGUAACAAAAGCGGUUGUUGGACUACAACCGUUUUUGUAGGCAGCACAUCUGAGAAAGGUUCUGAUAGGUUUAGCAGGGAAGUUACUUGUGAAAUGUGUCUUGGUUUUAAACUGGGAGAGUUCAAGGAGCUUCAGGAAAAUUGCAAGCAUUCUGCUUUUCUAGGUAUAAAGAACCAGAAUUCCAUUGCAUGCAUUAAGGCACUGUUUCCCAAACUAUUUUAGCUUAUUCAUUUUGUCAUUCAGAUUGGCUAUGCAUGCCAUAUCAAUCUUGUUUCCCAAGCUCUUGUUGAUUUUGAGCAAUAAUUCAAAUAUAGUGCUUUUUUUUCAAAAAAAACAAAAAUAUUUUAAGCAGCAGCCUUUUGACAGCCAACGCACUUCAGUGUGAAGAAGCAAAUGUUUAAGCUCUUCAUCAUCUUGACAUAACUGGUGAAAUAUUCUGUUUAAUACAUGAACCUUAAUUUUGUUGAUAGCCGAUAUUGCAGGCAUCUGCUUGAAAACAGUUGCUGGUUGAGGUUUUUGGCUGUGAGAUGUUGAAGGUGAAGUACACAAUGGAUUGAACUAGCAUGAUGACCUGUUGUGUGUGGUGCUCCAUCUGUUACACAAGAAAUCAUGAUCCUAAUCGGAAUACUUUUAUCCUCAAUAUACAUUUUGAGUUUGUUGUAAAUUGAUUCUAUUGAUUAUUUCUUUUUUACUAAAUAGAAUCUCUUCAUAAACCUUUCAAUUUUUGAUAAAGUAUACAAACGCCAUUAACAAUGACUCGUUGUCUUGCACAGUUGACUCAUCCAGGUGUAUCCCAAAUUGUUUUUUAUAGCUCUAUGCAUAAUUGAUACUCGAUGUAUUCACUGAUUUCUUCAAUAUGACAAGCUACAGAGCUGUUAUUCAUAAUUGAUUUUUUAAAAUACCAGCAUCCAUUUUGAGAAUAGUGGUGAGCUCUUCUGAUACAGCAACAUUAUCAAUCUUUCACCAAUUGAUUCAGACUUUCCACACUUUGCUGUAACCUUGAAAAUGUUAUAAGAAGCAAUGAGACCAGUAUCAGAUCAUUUUUUAGUUUUCUUGGCAAAUGUUUCAAGUGUGCAACACUUUUCAAAUGUUUCUUUCAUCUUCUACAACUGAGUAAUACACUAAGUAGGCUUUUCAGGGUGUCUUUCACGGAAGUGUUUCUGUAAUAAUGGUUUCAUGGCUUCAUUAGACAGUACAGUAUUAUAAAAGAUGUUGCUGAUCUGACAGGAACAGAAUAAAAUCAUACUCCAGGUAUGUAACAUUGUAUUGACGCACUUUCUGUUGUUUCUGGUUCUUAGCUGGAUUGGAAUUCAAGGCUUCACCGCCUUUGGACUUGUAGAGAUCGCACCUUACAUAUUUAUCCAUCAUUAACGGGGCUAAAUUAAAAUCAAAAAUUAACACAAACUGGAAACACUCAUCGGAUAUCGAUGACCACAGUGUGUUAACGUGGACUGAUGGCUCUAUUUCACUAUUUGGUUCCGGCCAGCGCUGUAUCACUGCAUGACCUAUUUUCUGUAAAGAAAGUUGAAGGUGUACUUGUCAUCUGUUAAAUUGCAUGAACUCAUUCCACACCACGGGUUAAGGGGAACUGAUUGCUAACGUAUUCAUCCCCAAUGUCUGUUUGGUUGGAUGAGAUUGCCGAGUUUUGGACAUGUUGUGAUGGCGAUUGCUCACCGCCUGCAGAGUUAUGGCUCUGUGUUCCAGUGCCCUUUUUUUCUGGAAGUGCCUGUCCUACUAACGGUUGGUGAUGCCACUUGCCAAGCUGCCCCCUUCCCCCCCCCCCCCCCAUGACUUCUAUUUCCCCCAACACCCUCUUAGGACAGGUAAUCACCCUCCGUUGGGAAUCACUGCACUACAGUUAUUGCAUGAACUUCAAGUGUUAGACAAAAAGCUGCUUGUGAAAGUAGAUGCAAAGACCAAAGCCCAGCUGGAUGAAUGGAAGGCCAAAAAGAAAGUAGUCUAUGGAAAUGCGAAAACAGGAUUUCUCAGAUGAUAUUGUGGAUGUGGAAAACAAGAGGAGAGCAAUAGAAGGAUUAGUAAGGAAAUACUCUGAAGUAAGUGCACAAACUAGAAAAAGCAAAUAGGAAGGAGAGGAAAGGUGUUCAGACCUGAUACAAAACAUAACAAUGCCCUCUUACCUAACCCACUAGACAUUGCCCUCGCCCAGCAGAGGAAAGCCUGCAAGGCCCAUCUUGAAAUAUGAAAGUUAAAUAGAAAUGAAAUGGUUUUGACUUUGAAGGGACUGUGUCUGCAAAAGUGCAGUACACACAAAAUGCUGGAGGAACUCAGUGAGUCGGGCAACAUCUAUGGAGGGAAAUAGAGAGUGGAUGUUUCAGGCUGAGGCCCUUUAUCAGGACUGGAGAGGAAGGGGCUUAAGCCAGAAUAAGAAGGUGGAAGGGGAAAGCGUACAGGCUGGGAGGUGAUGAAUUAAACUAGGUGAGGUUGGGGCAGGGGAGGGAAAUGAAGGAAGAAGCUGGAAGGGGAUAGGGCUGAAUGAGGAGAAAUCUAAUAGAGGACAGUGGACCAUGAAGUAAAGGAAAGACAUUGAACCAGAGGAAUGUAUUGGACUGGUGAAGAAAAGUGGUGAGAGGCUAACCAGAAUGGGGAAUGGAAUGGUGGGGGUGGGGGAAAGAAAUUACUGGAAGUUAGGGAAAUCGAUAGUCAAGCCCAUAGGGCCAGAGGCUACCCAAAUAAAAAAAACAAGGUGUUACUCUUGAAACAAAGUUAGGUAAGGUAGAUAGGGUGGGGUAAAAUAGAUUAAAAGUUAAGAUUGUACUAGAGAACAAAUUAAAUUUUCAAGAAGAUAUUUCUGAGUGAAAAAUCUUAAGACUCUGAGAAUAUUUAUCCAUUCAUAGUUGACAGGAGGAAUGUUGAGUACUCUUUAUCUGAAAUGCUCAGGGCCAGAACUGUUUCAGGUUUUGGAUUUUUAUAAAAUUUGGAAUACGCGAUGGCAUGGGAUCACCAUAAUUUCUGACUCUGCACUUAAAUGCUCUGGCAAACUGUCUUUGUCUUGGACUUGUUUGUCACACACGUACUUAAUAGUGAAAAUUAUUACAUGCCAUUAAUAUAGUAUGUGUAGGCUAAUGAAAGCAGCAUAGCAGCAUCGGGGGAAAUCCCUGAAUUAGCUGAACAGUGACAAACAACAGUACACUUCCACUCUCCACCUACGCUGUAACUUUUCUUACAUUUUUGUAACCAGCUUGCUGAAUAUUCACAAUUACUUUUAAUUUUCAGUUCACUGUGAUAGAUUUUUGCUUCUUUCAUGAUCAGCAUACCAUUAAGUGGCAGAUGUUUGCUCCAAUGCCUAGAAAUCCAUUCUUUUGAUGCAUAAUUAAUUUCAUCUUUUCAUUAUAUGCAGUGUUUUUCUAUUUGUCAUUAACUUCUGCUCAUUUUAUAUGAGGUCACUUCUCAGAACUGUAUGUGAUGCACAAAGACUUGCACAUCAGCUGGGAAUUUUCAAUUUGUGACGUCAGAACAAAAAAAAAUCCAGGUUUUUGGAUUUUGGAAUAUUGGUUCAGGGCUCUUAACCAAUGUCCAUUUUGCCAUCCAUCUUCUGAAGAGAAAAAGCUAUUCCUGAAUCGCUGAGUGUGUGCCUUCAGAUUUCUCUACCUCCUUCCUGAUGGUAAUAAUGAGAAGAGGCCAUAUCCUGGGUGGUGGGAGUCCUUAAUGAUGGACACCGCUUUUUUGGGGUACUACUUCUUGAUGUCUUGGAUAGUACAAUUGUUUGUUUUUUUUUAAAGAUGUAGAUUAACUUGAAUAUAUCUACCUAAUGAUAUCCUAUUCAAAUGGGAAAAAUACUUUAACACUUUUUUGUUGCUUUUCAGAUUUCCUGAGCAAACAAGUGGUACUCCUUCUCAGAGGUGAUCUGGUUGCCUGCAUCGACUGGUGGUGUUGCAUUUCUGAGCUACUUUGAGGUCUGUUGCUGAGAUCAAACCAUUCACUGGCUUCAAGCAGAUUUGGUCAUUUUUUUUCCCCCCUGAAGAUCUUGUCCUAAACCAUGGGUGUGGUCGUGGCAGAUGAUAAAAAGCAAGAAGUUACGGCGCCCGAUGGAGGCUGGGGUUGGGCGAUUCUCAUUGGAUGUUUUGUCAUCACUGGAUUCUCUUAUGCCUUUCCUAAAGCUGUUAGUGUUUUCUUCAAGGAAUUAAUCAAGGAGUUCCAUGUUGGGUACAGUGAUACUGCUUGGAUCUCUUCCAUUGUUCUUGCCAUGUUGUAUGGAACAGGACCUAUAUCCAGUGUACUUGUAAAUCGCUUUGGUUGUCGCCCUGUUAUGAUGGCAGGAGGCUUUUUUGCAUCGGCGGGUAUGAUAUUGGCAUCACUGUGCACCAGCAUUAUUCAAAUCUACUUAACAGUUGGAGUUAUUACUGGUCUGGGACUAGCUUUGAACUUCCAACCAUCACUUAUUAUGAUAAACCGCUACUUUGACAAGCGGCGACCUUUAGCAAAUGGCUUGACUGCGGCUGGGAGUCCUGUGUUCUUGUGUGGCCUCUCUCCAUUAGGCCAGAUCCUAUCGAAGCACUAUGGGUGGCGAGGCGGGUUCCUCAUUGUUGGGGGUCUGCUGUUGAACUGCUGUGCGUGUGCGGCCCUGAUGAGACCACUGAAAGCAAGCACGAAAGGGAAAGCAAAGUUAGAAGAAGAAAAGGACACACAGGUGGAGAAAACAAAGAAGAAGAAAAUGAAGCUGCUGGAUUUCUCAGUUUUUAAGGAUCGUGGUUUUGUGGUCUAUACAAUAGCAGCUUCUGUCAUGGUCUUUGGACUCUUUGUUCCUCCUGUCUUCGUAGUAAACUAUGCAAAAGACUUGGGAGUACCAGAUACCGAUGCUGCUUUCUUGUUGUCCAUCCUGGGUUUUGUUGAUAUUUUUGCCCGACCUCUUUGUGGUGUUAUUGCUGGACUGAAGCCUGUCCGGCCUCGAUGUGUGUAUUUUUUCGGCUUUGCUAUGAUUUUCAAUGGGAUUACAGAUCUCGGUGGCUCUUUUGCUAAUGAUUAUGCUGGACUGACUGUCUUCUGCAUUUUCUUUGGAAUGUCCUAUGGAAUGGUGGGAGCCCUGCAGUUCGAAGUCUUGAUGGCAGUUGUUGGAACCCAGAAGUUCUCCAGUGCUCUUGGCCUGGUAUUGUUGGUUGAAGCCAUGGCUGUCUUGGUAGGCCCACCAGGAGCUGGGAAGUUGUUGGACUAUACGAAAGCUUACAAGUAUGUUUUUUACUUGGCUGGUUCUGAAGUGGUCCUCUCUGCCCUAAUAAUGGUUAUUGGAAACAUUUGCUGCAUAAGUGGGAAAAAGAAAUCAUUUGAUAUUGUGCAAACGGAAAACGUAGAGGAAGGGGCGAAGCAACAGGGACCAGGGGCAGUGGAAUCCGUGGAGGUGGAGCAGUUCUUAAAAAAUGAGACCGGAGAAAAUGGUGAAAUUUUACCAACACCUGAAACGAGUGUAUGAACUUGGAGGAAGAAGCUAUGUUUACAGAGUUCAGAGAAAUGAGUUUGUAUAUUUAUUUAGAAAUGUGAGUUGAGUAGGUAACAAACACGUAUUGUUGGGUAGGUUAUUUAAUUGUGCAGAAUAUUUUUGUGACAUUUGUUUUAAAUUGCUGCCUUGCAUUUGUCAUUGUGUGUCUUUCAGAAAUGUAACAGUAUUUUUCAUAAGUUAAGAGAUGCUUUAAAAGCAUUUUGGAGGUGUAGAGGAUGAAAAUAUCAAACCAGUAGAACUGAUUUCCUCAAAAGUGAAAGAAGAAAUAGAUGUACAACUUAAACCAUGCUAAUAGUAUUGGUGACAACAGUACUCCACUUCACUGUGGGGGGCAAAAAACAGAGGCCAAUUUAUGUGGCAGAAUCAACUUGUGGACCAGCAUAAGUAUUGCUAGAGAAAGCAAAAAAGAACUAGAUGAAAACUUGGCUUUGGAGUACUAACAAUGUUUUUUAUUGUCGACUAAGUAGCCAAGAUGUGCUAGUAUAUAGUGAACUUUCAAGGCAAUAGCAUAAUGUUAGAACCUUUUUAAAGCCCCUUGUUGUUAAUAUUGGCUUGUUACCAUUGAAAAAUAUUCUUGCUGUGAUUCAUACAGAUUAAUAUUUACACUGUGCAGAAACAUGAGACUCAUAAUAAUUAAAGCUUCCAAUAAUUCUGCUACUGUAUUUUCUAUUUUUUUUACUAGAUUAGGAGUGUCUGACUAAAUAUUUGCUUUGUGAAACCUGGAAUAAAAAUUUCUAUCCAUGUUGACAUUGAACAUUGGUUAAUUGACAGAGGGAGCACAAAGCAAAGUUUAAUUUUUUUUGGAACUGCCUCCGUGGCAGCACGAUGCAUUAGUCCAGCUUUAAUGUAAGAUGCCCAUUUAAACACUCCUUUUAGGACAUAGCCACAUUUACAGAGAAGUCAACUGCUUUUUAACUGUAGACCAGCAUGGGUUGUGGGUAUAUUGAUACUAGUAGAAGCAUCCUCUGCAACAUUAUCUAUACAUGAUCUUGCCCACGAGCAUUUCAAAUUCCUAAAUUGCAAGAAUAAAAUCUAAAACUGAGGAACUAGCCUGUUGGUGGUUGUUGCAAAGCCCCCAUUUCUUAAAAUUCUUAAUGAUAGCAGAAUCUGUACUUCUGAUUUGGAAGUCCCAAACCACUAUUGCCAUUCUUAAAUGUAAGAUUUCAUUUUCAAUACAGUCAUGGAGGUGUGAAAACAAAUACCUUUUGACAUUACCCCACCAAGGUAUUCUUGGGACUUCAUUUUGAAAGAGCAAGUAAUGUAAACAAGGAAUUAAUCCAACUGCCAAACAGGUGUUAGAACACAGUUUUGAUUCACAAAAUUGAAUGCACUCAUGAUGCUGAAAAUCUGCCUGUAAGACUUGACACAUUUUUAAACAACCUGUUUUAGUUCAGUAAAAUGCAUUCUGACACAAAGGUAUAAUAAAUGGAGUUAAUGUAAAAUAUUUGCAUUUCAUUUUUGUUGAUGUUUUAUGACUGGUCCAGCAACUCAAUUCUCUCUAACUUGAAAUUCAUGUAAUCGGUUCAAAUUCCAUAGAUAAACUCUUAAUGCAGUAAAACUAGAGAAAUUUAAUGAAGUUAAAAUUAGUUUUAAGAUGGGGUUGAAGAAAGGCCCAUGGCUAUUCUCAAUUGAUGCUUCUCUAUAUUAAAUGUCCAUUCUAUUCCUUGCACUUAAGCAGAUUAUCCCUUGUUUAUAUUUAAAUUUAUGAUUGUAGCAGUGCAACCUAUUAUUCAUAUGGCCUUAGUCCAAACAGUUCUAUGUUGAAUCAGCCCUUCAAAUACUUUUCUAUACAAUGAAGUUCCAAGUUGUCCAGUGACUUGUGCUGCUAUUUUAAAACCCCGAACAAUUUUAAAUGUACAGGCUGUACAGAAGAUGGUGUAUUAGAUCCUUCAUUUAAUGCGGCCAUAUUUAAAAAGAAGCUCGUUCUGUUCUCAUGUAUGUCUUAGUUUGAGAAAGCACAUUGUGUUCAUUGUUAGUAUUAUCAAGACUCUUGGAUCUUUUGCAAAAUUGCAGGUAAUAUUCUCAGAAUUAGAAUGGUAGCUAGGUUAUUCAGUGUCUGGCUGUGCAAUAGCAGUCAUCACAAGAUAUGUUGCCUGAUUGCCCUGUGCUUGCUUUGCCACCAUUACUGAGUACAAGCCGAUACUACAUUGUUUGAGCUCUGCCUCAACCAGCAGUGAGAUCAUUGAAAUUUGACCUUCUGGUUUAAAGAUGUGUUGGGGAUUAGUAACUUCACUGGUAUGUAUGUUACAUAUGAAGGAUGAAUUGAAGAGGGUUGAUGUGAAGCUUCAUCAUUGGCAUUUAAUUGUCAUUUGGUCUACAUUUUAAAUCUAAUCUUUAAUUCUAAAAUGCAUCUGUUCUUUCAUAAAUAAUUUUUAAGCUGGUGUUAAUCAAUAUUUCAAGGUUAAUAUUAAAACUGUAAGCAAUCGUGCAUUUCUAAUUUUGUUCUCUAGAUCUUGGUAAGAGACUCAAGCCCCCAAAUGGCAGAAAUCUUAAGAUGCCUUGUCCUCCACACCAGGGGGGCUUUGUGCAGUUGGAAUAGUGUCCUGGUGAGAGGGGGAGAGCUACAACUGCUUUCCCCUCUGCUGCAACAGAUCAGUAAGCACCACUUUAAUCCAUAAAUUUCCCUUGGCAAGGCCAGGAGGGAUGGAUUGUUCCUCUGGGCUAUAGCAAAAUCCCAUAUUUCUUCCUAAAUCUCUUUUCUCCCCACUUGUACAGAAGGUGACAUCUGGCCAAGAGGUACCUACUGGAAAAAUGCUUGAAAUCUUGUGCCUGUUUAGGGUGGCUAGCUGAUAAAAUGUCUGUUCGGCCAAAAAUGGAAUAAAAUCGAUCACUCCAUCUCAAUGUUUGGUUAAACUUUGCUAGAAUUCAAACUGAGCCAGAAAUAUGGCUGUACAUUUAAAUCUCUGAGGAAGAUUAUCACAAUAUGACUACUCCAUUUUAGAGAAGCUGAGUGUAACAUGUCCAUAGUUUAAAUAAGUUGAGUGGUCAUGCUUAUCUUAAAAUUUACAUAAUUAAGUAGUAGCAAACAGGAGAUGACAGAUUAACAAUUAAGGCAACAGGCAGAACCGAGAAGAUGGUCUCGUCUGUUGGGGUGAUGAUGGGGCUCAGUAACUCUUGCUGGGUAGUUAAAAUCUUGGAAUGUUAUUGAUGCACCAUCAAUAACUCUCGGAGACGGGAGGUGAACGAUAGGCUUUUAUUAGCAGCAAAAGGGAGCCUGGCAUCUCGGAGACGGAGGGAGGAGCAGUGCCUCCAAUUGCCUUUAUACUGGGGUCUGUGGGAGGAGCCACAGGAGCAGUCAGCAGAGGGGCAUAUCCAGACAGAUAUACAUAAGUUACCACAGUUAUAUGUAGCUGGAUAAUGUAAGAAGACCAGGAGGAAUUUAGUGGAUUGAUCAUCUCUCAGGGUUAGUGUUAGGCCUAUUUUUCUAUUCCAUUGAAUUUGAUAAUAAAAGGCAUCAAAAGACUGUUUCAUCCCCUCUCCAAAAAGGGCGUUCUCCCCAAAAGAGUUGUCUGCUGUGUCAGGGCAUUUUGGUUUAUGUAUAUUUUCUUUAACACAUUACAGAGCACAUUAGUAAAUAGAUGCCGACCAACUUGUUUCUUAAGGCACCACAGUCAAGAUCUCUGGGCUGGCUUCUUCCCAGAAGCUUGUUUGGAGCAGAAAUAGUAUGUUUAUUUUUAUGCAUGUACAGUAUGUCAUAAAACCAACUAAACUCGGCGAUAGAGAAGUAUGUUUAGCAGCUUUUAGAUUGUGGUCUCCUCGAAUUGUUGUUUUCGCUGAAGAUAGCAUAAUCGACUAAUCUCAAGUGGGGUUUUGCAAUAUUUGUGUUUUUGAAAGAUGGGUGAGAUUUGGGCAUUUCAGCUUUGAACAGCUGAAGGAAACUUUGUAAGAGAAGGGAAAACGAAAUGAAAGUUAGUGGUCUGGUUUCAUCUCAGAACAUUGUUGGCUUCAUUUUAAAUGGAUAGAUAUGAUUUAACAUUGGCAAUUGCCCCAUUAAUUCAGCAAUAAUCACUUAGAAGUUAACCCUAGCUAUCUGCUGAUCAGCUAGGGGAUAAACUUAGAAAGGUUAACCCCUUUGUUGAUCUUCGUACUGUGACCACUGUGCAACAUGUAACUCUGCACAUUACCCAUUUAUGGUCAAAUAUACUUUUGGUAAUUGUUGCUUGGAUUUCUAGAUGCCAAAUGAAUCUAUAGUGUUAUAAACUCUAAAUAAAUCGAGCACCUUUAGGAUGGCUAUGUGAUUUUUUUUGUAUAUAGGAAUUAGAGGAGAGGAAACCAUAGUCGGGUAUUCAGUGGAAUAUUUCUUCUGUCGUCUCUGUUCUUGCAUCAAGAAUUUUGCCCCAUAAAUGGUGACUAAAGGAAACAUAUCCCUUUGGUUUCCUCAGUAACUGUGCAGAUGCAAGCCUUGUAUUCAUUCUACUAAUCCAUCAUUAACUGUAAACAUAUCGCUUAGGGUAGCUUUUUAUCCCUAGUUUAAAAGUAUUUGCAGAUGUAGGAAUUCACAUAUUAAUGUUUAUAUAUACGGGUCAACGGAAAACAUAGAUGUUUACAAAAAAUUGUGGCUUUUAGUGGCUCAAAGCAACACCUUAAAUGCUGAAGAGUUUGAUUAUUGGGUUUUUGCAUUAUAGUCUAUUUUUAUGAUGUAUUGUUUCACCAUGUUGUGAGUAAUUUAGCAUAGAUAUUGGCAGCCUUUAUAAACUUGACUGUAAGUAACUAACCAAAUAUUUCAAAAUUGUCUGUAAACUUUGUACUUCCUGUAUGUUAUUUUGUCCAAUUGUCAUUUGUUCCAGCUGGAAGAUUCGGAAUCUUAGUUUUUAUCAUAUAUAUUUUCAUGGUUAAAACUUGAGAAUAAUUUGCUAUUUUUACUUUAAACAGUUUAUAAUUUUAAUUAGAUCACAAGUAUUCACUGCUUCAAACAGCGGUUUGAUUGUGUCACUGUGGUAACUCCAUCCCAGGCCUUUUUUAUCAGUUGACCAAUAAAUGAAAAGGCCUCAUGAAUUGUAGAAGUGCAAGCUGGGAUUGGCAAUUAUGAUGAACUAAUACAUAUGUAAAUGAAAAUAAAGGACAACUUUUUUCCUAAAUUUCUUAACACUUUAUCUUAUUCAUAAACUUACCCGAAUGAUUCUGCAGCAAAUAUGGAAUGCUGCAUACACUGUCCUGGAAUUUUUCAAACUAAUGAAAUGGUUUUUGGAUAUGAUUAUCAUAACUGUAAGAUCUAGAACUUAAGAAUCUUCAGUGAGAGAUCAAGUAGU